AUGUUCGCUGCCCGCCGUCUCACCGCUGGUGUUCCCCGCGUCUUCUCCCAGAGGGCUUUGUUCCACAACACUGCUCCUGCUUUCGUCCAAAAGGGCGACUCCAUUCCCAACCUUGAUGUUCUGGUUGAGGACUCUCCCGGCAACAAGGUCAACCUCGCCAGCGAGCUGAAGGGCAAGGGCGUCAUUGUCGGCGUUCCCGCAGCUUUCAGCCCUGCCUGCUCCAGCUCCCACGUCCCCGGAUAUAUCAACCACCCCAAACUCAAGGAAGCCGGUCAGGUCUUCGUUGUCUCGGUCAAUGAUCCUUUCGUCAUGAAGGCGUGGGCCACCUCUCUCGACCCCUCCGGCAAGAGCGGUAUCCGCUUCCUGGGCGACCCCACCGGCAAGUUCUCCGAGGCGCUCGAUGUCACCUUCGAUAGCUCCUCCAUCUUCGGAAACCACCGCAGCAAGCGCUACGCCCUGCUGGUCGAGAACGGCAAGGUUAAGGAGGCUUUCGUGGAGCCCGACAACACCGGUCUCGACGUGUCCGCCGCCGAGAAGGUCCUUGCUUAA